GCUGGAGAGAAGAGGGAUCGCGCGAAGAAAGAGUGCACCUGUGAGACGUUACUCCGCCCUACUUUACUCACUGAACACAGAGAGGGUUUUGUUUUUUUAUUUGUACUUCCUCAAUCACUGAACAAAGUAGGCGGCUCAGAGAAAAGUCGCUUUCUUCUGAGGAAAGGUUGUGUCUGAGGGGUUGCCAUGGCCCCUUUCUUGAGAAUUGCAUUUAAUUCCUAUGAUCUCGGCACAUUCUCUCCGAUGGCUGAGGCACCUUUCUGUGCUGUCAAAAUAAAGGAAGCUUUUAGCACUGAACGAGGAAAAACUUUGAUCCAAAAGAAGCCCACCAUGUUUCCUGCUUGGCGAUCCAGUUUUGAUGCACAUAUUUAUGAGGGACGUGUCAUACAAGUACUGCUCAUGAGAACUGCAGAGGAACCAUUAGCUGAAGUCACAGUGGGCGUGUCCGUAUUGGCAGAACGAUGCAAGAAAGCUAACGGACGUGCCGAAUUUUGGGUUGAUUUGCAACCUACAGGGAAGGUUAUGAUGUCUGUGCUGUUCUUUUUGGAGGAUUCAGAUACAGAGUGUCGUCAGUCAGUAGUGUUGGAGGAGGACGCACCUACUCUUAAUCGUCGUCGUGGAGCUAUUAAACAGGCUAAGAUUCACAUCAUCAAGAACCAUGAGUUUAUCGCCACCUUCUUCAGACAGCCCACUUUUUGCUCUGUUUGCAGAGAUUUUGUUUGGGGUCUCAAUAAGCAAGGUUACAAGUGCCGACAAUGCAAUGCGGCCAUCCACAAGAAGUGUAUUGAUAAAAUUAUUGGAAGGUGCACAGGCACGGCAGCCAAUAGUCGAGACACUAUGUUCCAGAAGGAGCGUUUUAAGAUUGACAUGCCACAUCGCUUUAAGAGCAACAACUACAUGAGUCCCACCUUUUGUGACCAUUGUGGCAGUCUACUGUGGGGUCUUGUCAAACAGGGCCUUAAAUGUGAGGACUGUUCCAUGAAUGUCCAUCACAAGUGCCAGACUAAAGUGGCCAACCUUUGUGGCAUUAACCAGAAACUACUUGCAGAGGCUCUUACUCAAGUUAGUCAGAAAUCCACCAAAAGACCUGAAGAGAGACCCAAUGCCCAGGAUGUUGGCGUUUACCAAGAUUUUAGCAAAAGCCCCGGCCCUAAUGAUAAUGGGGCUCCUUAUGGUCGUCUAUGGGAGGGUUCGAGUCCUCAACCCCCUUCUCGAAUCACUCACCAAACACGUAUCACUGCUGAGCAGUUCACUUUUCAUAAAUUACUGGGCAAGGGAAGCUUUGGCAAGGUGUUGUUGGCUGAGCUAAAGGGCACUGGAGAAUGGUUUGCAGUGAAGGCGUUGAAGAAAGACGUGGUGUUGAUAGAUGAUGAUGUGGAGUGCACCAUGGUGGAGAAACGUGUGCUGGCUCUCGCUUGGGACAAUCCGUUCCUUACACACCUAUACUCCACUUUUCAAAGCAAGGAACACUUGUUCUUUGUGAUGGAGUAUCUAAAUGGAGGAGACCUAAUGUUUCAUAUACAAGAAAAAGGACGCUUUGACCUUUACAGAGCCACGUUCUAUGCAGCUGAAAUAGUGUGUGGCCUGCAGUUCCUCCAUUCCAAAGGCAUUAUUUACAGGGAUAUUAAGCUGGAUAAUGUGAUGUUAGAUGGUGAAGGUCACAUAAAAAUAGCUGAUUUUGGUAUGUGCAAGGAGAAUGUGUUUGGGGAAAAUCGGGCCACAACUUUCUGUGGAACUCCAGAUUAUAUCGCACCUGAGAUUCUGCUAGGCCAGCAGUACACGUUCUCAGUAGACUGGUGGUCAUUUGGUGUGCUGGUGUAUGAGAUGCUCAUUGGUCAGUCUCCAUUCCACGGUGAUGACGAGGAUGAGCUGUUUGAAUCGAUCAGAAUGGACACACCCAAUUACCCCCGCUGGAUCACAGUGGAUACCAGAGACAUGUUAGAAAGGUUGUUUGAGCGUAACCCGUCACGCCGUUUAGGGAUUGUAGGUAAUAUACGAGCUCACCUAUUCUUCAAGACUAUCAACUGGUCUGCUUUGGAAAGGAGAGAAGUUGAGCCCCCCUUCAAGCCAAAAGUGAAAGCUCCAAAUGACUGCAGUAACUUUGACCGGGAGUUUUUGAGUGAGAAACCCCGCCUGUCACACUGCGAGAAAGGCCUGAUUGAUUCCAUGGACCAGAGUGCUUUUGCCGGCUUCUCAUUCAUUAAUCCGAGAAUGGAGCAUCUCCUGCAAAAGUGAUAAAUUCACAAUUGCUGUGAUCAGGAAGAAAAAGAUCUAGUAUGUACAUGGGAUCAUAGUAUCCAGCCUGAAUAAACCAGCUAUGAGCACUUUCACAAUUCUUGCUUUAAAGGGAUAGUUCACCCAAAAGUAAAAAUUCUGUCAUCAUUUGUUCACCCUCAUGUUUUUCCAGGACGGUGUAACUUUCGUUCUUUCGUUGAACACAGAUGGAGGUGUAAGGGAAAAAUGUACUUUCAUUGCAUGUUUUUUCCAUUACAUUCUGCCUAACAUCUCCUUUUUGUGUUUCACGGAAUUAAGAAAGUCAUAAGGGUUUGGAACAACAUGAGGGUGAGUAAAUGAUGACAGAAUUAUUCCUUUAAUAGAACUCAAAUCUUACUAAAGGAGACAUGAAAUCCUGACAGUCCUCUUCUAAAGGAGCCCUUUAAAUACAUGAUUGCAGUCGUGUUGGAUUUAGGGCGUCCCAAAAUCUCAAUGCAAAUUUUAACUUGUCCUUGCAGUGUUAGGGGUUUUAAAAAUAACUUUGCUGGAUUAGUACAAACUUGACAGUUAAGACUGCAGGGAGAGUGCUGUUUGUUCAGUGUGGGUGAAAAAGUAGUUCAAAGAAGAGUAAAAAAAUAAAAUAAAUAGGUCAGAGAUUAUAUACUGAUAUUGUUUAAAUUGAUAUGAAUUUAAA